CUCCAACAUGGUGCAGACAUCCGCCACUCACAACACACAUGCGGUGCGACUUCCUGCUUGGAUGUCGCGGGCGCUCAUCGCUCCCAGAUGGCUGCAUAGUAGGCAGUGUCCCCAACGCCGAAGCCACUCACUUGCACCAAUUUGUACCCUUGCCCAACGUACUCGUCAUAAAAAGCCUGAUACCUGGAGCCAGCCCCACAUGCAAACACAAGGCAGGACACCAACACACAUCGAUGGGUGGAUCCUCUCUUUGUGCGUUCUUCUCUCCUUUUGUGUGUGUCUCAUCAACUGGACGGCGAUGAUAUUAACAGCGUCUACGUUCGUGUGUUCGUGCAGGGUCUUUCGCCAAGUUGCUCUGACAUCGACGACUGUCAUGAGGAAGCGCUGGUCGCUUGUGAGACCCCAUACAGGGACGUAUCGACGGCCCCCUCUCUUCUCCCAGAUGGCAGCCGGUAGCCGUCGCUGUCAUACUGAUACUGAUACUGUUGGUACUCUGCCGACGUCAUGCCAUGGUGGCUGACAAACGCCGGGGCGCCACGCUCUCGGACGAAAAUACCGGCAUAUCUGCCGGUGCCGUCGACCUCGUAGCCCGACACGUCCACCGGUCUGUACCUCUUUCUUGACAGCUCCUUGAAUUUCGCUUGGUACCUGAAGGCAGGCGACAUACGUCCCUCACACCGUGUUCGUGUGCCCAUUUGCUUGUUCGUUCACUGACUGACUGUCGCUGGUGAGGCCGUGGACGGCUUGCCACUGCCGCGAUCCUUUCUCCCAGACGCCAGCGUAACGGGCCUCUCCGUCUAGCGAAUAGCCGCUGAUAUCCACCAACUUGUAGCCCUCCGAUAAAAGUGUGUCAAAGGCCUUCUUAUACCUGCAGGACACACACAAACGACACAGGCAGAAGGUGCGGGUGAGUCCCUUCGGUGAGAUUUCUCUCGCUCACUCUGAAGAUGUAAGAGCAUGCUUCGCCUGCCAGUCGGGCCCGGCAUCUUAUCUUUUGUCCAUAUGGCGGCAUAGCAAUCUUGACCCUCGACAGUAUACCCAGAGACCUGCUUAAGUCUGUAGCCUUGCUCUUGGAAGGACUUGAAGGCCUUUGAUACUCGUCCGCAGUGAGGACAUGGCGAGCAGCCGUGGGGAGAAGGAAGCCGCGAUCCGUUG